AUGUUAAUCAAUGCAAAAAGUGGCAUAAAAAUGAAAGACAAUUCACCAAUAUUAGUAAAAUUGAUGAGUUCAUAUGUUAUCAGUUCGUUAGUUCGUUACAGUCAUAAAGAUUUUGAUAAGGAAAUUUCAAAUCAUAAAAUCAACUCACCAAUUGAUAACAACAGCUUACACGAUAUACACACACAGAACUCAUUCGAUAAGGAUCAUGUUAAAGAAUUGGAAUUUUAUAAAAAUUUAGCUAAAGCAGCUUCAUUAUCAAAUCAUAAUGAACAUUCUCCGCAACAUGAAUCUCAGCAUUCAGCGCCAAACUCACCACAACCUAUGCAAAUUGAUGCUGACGCAGUGGACGACGAGUUACGUGAUCAUCAUAUGACCGACGAACAUGAUCAGGCGAAUGCUUCGGCUUUAGCCGUAGCAGCAGCUGCAGCACAGGCUCAUCUAAAUGGAACUAUGCAAGACAUGAUAAAUUUACAAAAGUUACAAAAUUUAGCCACACUUCAGCAGCAUCAACAACAACAACAGCAGCACCACUCUCAGCAAAAACAACACCUGCAACAACAAAACUCCACCAACAACGUAGAUUCAGCGACAGCGGCUGCAUUAGCAAGUCUUCAGGGAUUAGCAGCGGGCAUAACUGCCUCAGCUGCUGCCGCUUUGAACUCACCUCUAAAUUUAUCAGUGGGGUCUGGAAUCAAUUCAACUUUGCCCAACAGUUUGUGCUCGCCCACAACUGCAGCAGCAGCUGCUGCAGCCGCUGCAACAUUAUCCGCAACGAAUGCUUUUGCGAACAAUAUCAAUAGCAAUAACAAAGUUAUGUCUCAUGCCAGUGGAUCCCAAGAUAAUACGGGCACUACAUCACCAAAUUCGCAUGCCUCACACGCGGAUAGACAAACGUCAGCACAAAGUACUUUGGCAAAUGUGCUGAAUUCAGCUGCAGCGGCAGCCGCAGCGGCGGGUGCAGCUGCUACAGCAUCGCCUCCACCUACGCUCCAAGCACCACCGGCUAGCGCACAGAUGCCGCAAUUGAUAUUAGCAUCCGGACAGUUGGUGCAAGGCGUGCAGGGUGCACAAUUGCUGAUACCCACAGCUCAAGGCAUUGCUGUACAAACAAUACUCACUAUACCUGUUAGUCCGCAAAUCAAUACAAAUGAGCAAUUCAUGCAGAACUUUGGUGCAUUUGCUUCAUUUCAACAGCAGCAACAACAACAACAUCUACUGGCCGCUGCUCCUCAACUUCCACCGCCUUUGUCAGCUUUACAACAUGCACCAACGUUGCCUCAACUCGCCCAAACACCAACGAAUUUACUUAAGCCAAAUCUGUUUUCGAAUGGCGUUCAACAGUUGCUAGCAGCCCUACAUCCCGAAUUAUUUGCUGCCGCUGCUGUUAACCAUCACCACCAGCAACGGGAGCAGCAGCAACAUCUUGGUCAUCACACCCACCUAACCCAUCACGCCCACACGACUGACUUACAUUUAGGCACUCGCAGUUCCGAACGUACGCCACCUUCUUCGCCAACCAGUAGUACAAAAGCAGCGGCCGCUGCAGCAGCUGCUGCUGCCGCCUUCCACCUACAGCAGCAAUUGCAAAUCAAACAGGAAUCAGUGCCACAUCUCAGUCAUCAUCAUGCUUUACAACAUCAUGCGUUACGUCAUCCAGAUGAGUUAGCUUCACCAAAAAUGGAUUGCAAAGGAACACUACAGCACAGUGAUGGAAACGUAUCUCCACCACCAACUUCCCGCCAUCAUUAUUCAUCAAGUAAUCAUCAUCAUCAUCGCAACAAUGCGAUAUCUUCACCUUCUCCCCGACCAUCGUCCUCUUCAUCCAGUUCUAUGAAUUUGCGUGAUCGCGAAUCACAUCAUAGUCUUAAACAUAGUCCCAGUCGCAAUGCUAAUUCCAGCAUUGGUGGUAUGAAUCUCAGUCAGCACAGCAGUGAAAGAGAACGUGAAAGGGAUAGGGAUAGAGAGCGUGAACGUGAACGUGAGCGUGCCGCACGUACCUCUUCACCAGUACAACUUAAUUCAAACCAAUCUCUGGGUAGCGGUAGAAACUCAACUUCCAUUUCAGUAUCAUCAUUAGCAACCGCAACCUCAGCAUCAGUAUCCGCUUCGUUAUCUGCAGCUAGCAGUCAGCAGCACCACUCAAGCCAAGCAAGUCCCACAACAUCUACAACAACCACAAUACCCUUAACAAACUGCUCAGCAACAGCAACAAAUCAUGAAAGAGGUUAUUCUUCACCAUUGGGUGGUAGCAGUGGUACUGGUGCUGGACAAUUGUUCCGCAGCCAUUCACCAAAUACUACACAUUUGCAUCACCAUCAGCAGCAACAACAUCUCUUGGGCUCACCGCACGAACGUGAUUUUCUUGGCGGUAGCAACGGUUGUGGUACCUCAAGUCAUGGUAUUUCCGGAACUACAAAUGCCACAUCAACAGCAGCAGCCAAUGUUUUGAAUAGCAUCAAUAGACUUACCGCCUCAAAUGGGGAACUAACCAUUACAAAAUCACAUGGACCACCUACAGCAACAGCAACACGCGCAUCUUCUGCUUCACCUACUCUAUUGGGACCCGCAGCACCACAUGGUGGCCUGGGUAGUGGUGUGCACCUGCAUCAUCCCCAUCAUCCAUUGCAUCCACUAAAACUUAGUCCUACAACUAGCUCAGCUUUACAGCAAAGAGAACGUGAACGUGAGCGUGAACGUGAACGAGAUAGAGAACGCGAUCGGGAGCGAGAGCGAGAACGUGAUAUGGAACGUGAACCACCACAAAUAUCACCUAAUGGCACAGAAAGCUCCACCGGUCCUCAUGACUUGCUUAUGGAUUCUCCGAAUGAGCCCACCAUUAAUCAAGCCACUACCAACGUUGUUGAUGGCAUCGAUUUGGAUGAUAUUAAAGAAUUUGCUAAAGCAUUUAAAUUACGACGAUUAUCGCUGGGACUUACUCAAACCCAAGUUGGUCAAGCCCUGUCUGUCACUGAAGGUCCAGCUUAUAGUCAAAGUGCCAUAUGCAGUGCACUGGCUGCUCAGAUGUACGCUGCGCAACUGUCAACACAACAACAAAACAUGUUUGAGAAAUUGGAUAUAACACCAAAGAGUGCACAAAAAAUUAAGCCGGUUUUGGAGCGUUGGAUGAAAGAAGCCGAAGAGAGCCACUGGAAUCGUUAUAAAUCGGGACAAAAUCAUUUGACGGACUACAUAGGCGUUGAACCAUCGAAGAAACGCAAGCGGCGCACAUCCUUCACACCACAAGCGCUUGAACUGCUGAAUGCUCAUUUCGAGCGCAACACACAUCCAUCCGGUACCGAGAUUACUGGAUUAGCUCACCAACUGGGGUACGAACGCGAAGUCAUACGCAUUUGGUUCUGUAAUAAACGUCAAGCCUUGAAGAAUACCGUCAGAAUGAUGUCCAAAGGCAUGGUUUAAAUGAUGUGUCACAGCAAUGAAAGCAGAAAUAAUGCUGUAACUACUACUAAAAAGUACUUUCUAUAAAUAAUGGUUAAUUAUAAGUAGGGGAAACCAAGGAAUGCCGAUAUCUUGAAAAUCAAGAACAACAACUACAACUUCUGUAGAAAGAAUUGGAAUUGCUGAUCACUGAAUAAUGAUAACUUAUCCUGAUCGAAAUAUGUAUUACUUUGAUAAUGAAUAUUAUAUAUGCAAACCAAUACUUGGAAAUAUCUCUUAUGAAUCAAUAUAUUCCAGUGAAAAAAUUCCUGUAAAUUACUUCGUCGGGUAGUUUUGAAAUUGGAAACCAUUGAAAAACCCUUUAGAAGACGAGUGUGGAAGAGUUUUAUAAGAAAAAGGGACAAAUCAGAUUAAAGGAAGUUAAAAGUAAAAGUAAAACAUUAAUAGAGUAAUAAAGAUAUAAGAGACAAAGAUUACGGAAUCUGGUUUAGUUUUUAAGGAUUUGAGUUGAUGUACAGGAUUCAUAUUUAAUAGAAAUAAGCUUUAAUGUAAAAGCAACAAUAUUUAUGUAUAAACAGACGUAGCCUUAAGAUAGACCUAAGUACACUUAAGUGUAAAAUUUUUAUAAAAACAACUUAAAAAGGAUUUUAAUAGGAAAGUUUGCGAAAAGUACUCUCAAGCUAAAAAGGAUAAUUUAGAAAUAAAAAAAGUUUUCAAACCAAACAAUUCCCAUUCUUUGUAAAAGUGUAUUUAUACAAGUGUGUAUGUGUGUGUGUGUGUGUGUGGGUGAGAGUGUGUAUAUGUGUGAGUUGUGAAUGCGUUUUUUGUGAUAGUUUUUGAAAAAUAUAAAUGAGAUUUAAUUAAUUUUAUAAUGUAUACAAUAUGUCUAACAAUUUAAAAAUUAUUUAUAAUUAAAAUUAGUAGUGCUAAGUUUAUAAGAUUAUCUGAAAUAUGGAAGGAAGUUGAAGGAGUUAGAAUUCAUGCCAUAAAAGGGAAGCAAAAAGAGUGUCAUAGCGAUUUAUUGUAAAUUCUAUUUUAAGCAAAAAAAAAAAUAUG